AUGUCAAACUUUGACAUGGCUACUUCCGAGUCUACCCGUCACCGCGACUACCAGCAAGGUCGUGGUGAGGUUGCCAAAGGUGUCGGCAUGGAGUCAAUGCUCUCUAGUGAUCUCCAAGAUUGGCUGCGACUCACUCAUUGGCAUGAUACUGAAUUCCGGGAGGAGAAGCUGAGCAACUAUCGGCGGAAAGAGGGACGGGAGUCCGAUGUGAGCCCAUAUGUGGACAAGUAUCAAGCUUAUGGUAGGCCUGCUGAGGAGAACGAACUAACUCAGGCCGGUAUUCUCGAGGCAUCAAAAGGCCCCAAGACAAGCUUUAAGAUUCCACGUCGCAACAACGCUGGAUCACAGAAGCCUCGCGCCCGUUCCACAUCACCUGCAGAACUGCAUCGUGACAAGCACACUAGUUACCGCAUUCGCGAUUAUCCAGAAUCCCGCCGUAAGGAGAACAGCAAGCCCCGAGUUGACGAUGGACAGUCAAUUGGCCAUAGCCGCCGCCUAACGGAUUCUUCAACUUACGUUGCCUCAUCGUCACUCGUAUCUGACCUUCACAACACGCCCGGCGGCCAAAUUCCAACCGACAGCCGUGACUUUGCUCGUGAAAGAGCCACUCGCUGCCGUCCCAAGUCUUUCAAGAUUGGUGAUAAAGGAACGGUGCGGUUCUUCGUUAUGCGAUCUGGUAGCUGGAACAAUGUCUACAACUCGAUGGAGGAUGGAAUCUGGGCUACCAACAUCAACAAGGCAGACCAACUUGGCGACAUACUAUCUAGUGGCAUUACUGUGGUGCUUUUCUUUGCCGUCAAUCAUUCUCAUGGUUUUCAGGGUUACGCCAUCAUGAAGUCGAUCCCGUCCAAGGAUGUACAUCAUCCAAGAUGGUGGUACAACGUCAGAUGGAACAUCUCGGAACCGUUCAAGGUGGAAUGGAUCGUUAAGGAACACGUCGAGACUACACGCGUAACUCAUAUUAUCAACGGCCUCAACUACGACCUUCCUGUCACCCGAAGCUCGAAUGGUCAGGAGCUAAGUUACAGCGCUGGCCUACAGAUGGUGGCAAUUAUCGAUGCCCACGCUCGAGACAUGUUUGCACUUACAGAACGAUCUCGCUAG